GUGAGAUCCAGCUCUCUCUCGUGAUCUCAUUUUAUAUCUAUACCCCCUAUUUUCCGCCUUUAACGCCUCGGUUACUCCAUCCUCCUUACUAGUAUUCUACUCUCUUUUUUUUCUCCUUUUCACAAAACCCAAUUUCAUAUUUUUCUCUCUUUCUUCGUCUUCGCCAUAUUCGAAUUGAGCUUUUGUUUCAGAUUGAUCUGAAGACUAGCAUUUGUGUUUGCUUGUUUGGUUUUCAGAUGUAAAUCUGUCUUUAAUGCUCAAAAAGACUGACCCCUUCUGUUUAAUUUUUCCAGUUUUGGGGUUAAGUAGUGUGUAAUAUUAGUCCUCUGUUUCUACUCUGUUUUGCUGGUCUGUAAGUGAUGAGUGCUUAGUUCUUGACAUUAAUCUCAAUUUUGUGUAUUUCUUCUUAGUGGGUAUUUUGCUAGGUUGAAAAUUUGAGAAUGUUGACUUGUAUAGCAUGUUCGAAGCAGCAGAAUACUGGAUCUCUGCGUGAACCAGAGGAAGAUGAAACGGCUGAAACACCCAGCACAAAGCAAGCCAUUAAAGCCAUUACUGCUCAGAUCAAGGAUAUGGCAGUUAAAGCUUCAGGAGCGUAUAAGAACUGUAAGCCAUGUUCAGGGGGUUCAAAUCAUAACCAGAACCCUAACUAUGCUGAUUCUGAAACUGGGUCUGUGUCUGAAAGAUUUCAUUACUCGUAUAAAAGGACUGGGAGUUCAAAUUCGACACCAAGGGUGUGGGGUAAGGAAAUGAAAGAGAGAUUGAAAGUUCUGUCCAGUGGUGAAAGUACGCCGGUAUCAGUAAGUGGCCGGAGCGAAUCCGUUGUCGGUAUGGAAGAAGAUGAUGAGGAGUCUAAAGAAUGGGUUGCUCAGGUGGAACCUGGUGUUCUAAUCACGUUUGUUUCUCUACCUGAGGGUGGUAACGAUCUGAAACGAAUUCGAUUCAGCCGUGAGCUAUUUAACAAGUGGCAAGCUCAACAUUGGUGGGCUGAGAAUUAUGACAAGGUCAUGGAAUUAUACAAUGUCCGCAGGUUCAAUCGACAAGCAGUACCAUUGCCAAUCCCUCCGAGGUCUGAAGAUGAGAACUUGAAGCUUGAUUACGCUGAGAGUAGUCCGGUAACACCUCCACUAACCAAAGAGCGUCUCCCUAGCCACUUUCAUCGUUCAACAGGGGUGGAUCACUUGCCAUCAAGCUCUCUUGAAAGAGAUCCAUCACAAUCUCAUCAUUAUUAUGAUGCAGGUGGUCUCACUUCGACCCCUAAGCUCUCCAACAUCAGUGCGACAAAAAGUGAGACACCAUCAAUGGAUGCUUCUGCACGGACUAGCUCUUCAAGGGAGGCUGAUCGCUCAGGAGAGCUGUCUGUUAGCAAUGCCAGUGAUGUUGAGACUGAAUGGGUUGAAGAAGAUGAGCCUGGAGUCUAUAUCACGAUUCGAGCGUUGCCUGGUGGUACUCGAGAGCUUAGAAGAGUCAGGUUCAGUCGUGAAAGAUUUGGAGAAAUGCAUGCCAGGUUGUGGUGGGAAGAGAACAGAGCCAGGAUCCAAGAACAGUACUUGUGAUUUAGGACAUAAUUUGGAGUUCUUUAAAUCAAUAUUCAUCCAUAAUUAGUAUCUUAAUGUUCCUCUACUUGGCAUCAAUCCGGGCCACUCAUUGUUUUCUUUCUCUUAAACUAGUUGCUUAGGCUUUUUUUUUUUUCUGGGUGGAAAGGCUUAGAGGUCUUUUUGAUGUUGUACUGACUGUUAAUGAAGAAAUAUAGACAAAUACUA